ACAGCGGCAACUUCGUGCACCUCGCUAGAACGCUAGCUAGCUGAUUAGCUCCUGCCUCUCUCUUUCUUUCUUUCUGAUUUCGAACUCCAAACCUCCCUGACCGAGUCACCGCCGAUUUCGGCCGCGAGUCAUGGCUCGGUCAAUGGAGCCUCUAGUCGUCGGAAAGGUGGUGGGAGACGUGCUAGACAUGUUCGUUCCGGCCACCGAAUUUACCGUCCACUACGGCUCCAAACAGGUGGCGAAUGGCUGCGAUAUCAAACCCUCCGCCGCUACCGGCAAGCCCAGAGUCCAACUUCUCGGCGGUCGUUCCUCUACCUCUAACAAUCUCUAUACUCUUGUUAUGGUUGACCCAGAUGCUCCUAGUCCUAGCGAGCCAUCGCUGAGGGAAUGGCUUCACUGGAUUGUUGUAGAUAUCCCUGAAGGGAUGGAUGCCACCAAAGGGAAAGAGGUGGUGCCGUACAUGGGGCCGCAGCCGCCGACGGGGAUACACCGGUACGUGUUCGCACUAUUCAAGCAGGAGGAAGGGUCAUCGAUGGUGGGGAGGAUGGCGGAGAUGGACGCGCGGUGCCAUUUCAGCACGCGCCACUUCGCAGCCCAUUACGGGCUCGGUCUGCCAGUGGCCGCCGUCUACUACAACUCCCAGAAGGAACCCGCAGCCAGAAAACGCUAGCUGGCUGGCUAGCUAAAGCUAGCACUACCUUUAUUAAUUGUAAUUUUAAUCAGAAUUAACCAGUCGGUUAAUUUGGUGGGUAAUCAAUGUAACGUACAUGCAUAUAUGCAUGCGUACGUACUGCAGCUUGCUUUAUUUAUUGUUGCAUGGGCCGGCCGGCGCUGGUCUGGUUUUGUUUUCCGGCACAAGUAAACUAAGUGUGUUUAAAUUUUAAA